GAUUGGACUAUGAUGGGCGAUGAUACAGGUUUCAAGUUCGAGUUUCAUCAGGUUCAACAACAAGUGCUCGCGACUGGUAAUACUGUGUCUAUUGAUAAUAUCGAUAAUCGAGAAGAGACAGCAGAUGAAGCAGAUGUAGCCCUGCCGAAGAAGACGAAAAAAAUGAAAUUGAAAACUCCUCAAACAAAGAGACCAAAAGCCAUUAAUAAUUAUGAAAGCGAAGAAGAUAAUGGAAACAGAAACGACAGGGUGACAACGAAAACGGUGAUGAACAAGAAGUCAAUGGAUUUGCCAGUUCUAUCAGAGUCUAGACCCGACACAAAUGUGGACACUGGAAUCACCUGGUCAAAUGACGAAUGGAAAGAAAUACUUUCUACCAACUUGAAGCAUGUGCCAAAAAUCGCUAAACCAAUUACUGAACUACUGAAAAAGUUGGAAGGAUGGUACCAACACAACAUAUGGAGUCCUCUCAUUGAUCCGGCAUUCCGCAACUGGGAGAUAGAUCUGAUACGUGGCGAAGGUAUGAGUAGAGCAUCUAGUGAUAGGAAAAAUGGCAGUGAUGAUGAUACAAUCUACUAUCUUUCAUAA